AUGCCGGUUUCCAAACGGGCGAAAGUCGUUCAUCUUUCAAAGACGAAGAAACAGAAAACAGGCAGCAGAUCCGCUGCAUCGGAGACGAAAAAUCUGUUGAUUGAGACUGUCAGAGAAAUGGCAGAAGAAGAGGGAGUUCAUAUUUACGUCGUCGAGCUUAAGAACCAGAAAAAUGCGAUGUUAAAAGCAGCAAGAGAUGCACUCAAACCCGGGAGGUUGUUCUUCGGAAAGAACAAAGUGCUGCAAGUGGCGUUGGGCACGCAGCCGUCUACGGAGUGUCUCGACAACGUGCAUAAAAUAGCAAAGCUUUUAGUUGGAGAAAGAGGGAUUUUAAUUACAAAAGAAGGGUUAAAAGAAACAAAAAAGAUACUUUCAAGCGUUACAGGAGAUGAAUUCGCUAAAGCAGGAUUUACAGCUACAAAAACCAUCGUUCUUGAGAAACACCUCGACGUGAAGAUGGCUCGAUUUUGUAUAUCAGUCGUCGCCCACUGGCAUGGAGGGCAGGUGGAGGUAUUUUAG